UACUCUGAUCUGAAAAUAGAGUCUCUCUCUUCCAUCAAGCUUUAGCAACUCCUCUUGUACUUCUCAUCUCCUUCUCCCUUUUGGAUUGAGAUGGACAGUUCUGAAGCAGGUCUUGAUGGAAUUGAGACACAGAGGUCAACGGGUGUGUCUCAUGACCAAUCGAAACAAAGAUACGACUCCCCCAUUAAUCUGAUAACGCGCAGAAUCUUACGAGUAUUCCGUGCACUAGGUUUCCUUCAAGUCGAAGGAGAAGCAGCCACACCCCCAACAGGAGACACCGAAAAUGUGCCAGAGUUCUUUACCAGUAUCAGAUUGUCUGAUCUGUUUGUCCUCCCCAGUGAAUAUGUGCCUAUGAGUCCUGAGAUUGUUAGCGCGGUAAGCGCGGGGGAGAAAGAAUGGCUGGAUGUAUUGAGAAGGUACGGUAAGCCAAUGGAAUGUCUAAAGAGCGAUGGAGGAUAUUCUGUUCUUCACCUUGCUGCUGCUUGGGGUCGAGUUGAAACAGUGAAGAGCAUAGUCUCUAAAUGCCCAUCUCUUCUUCUAGAGCUAGAUUCGAGGGAUCAGCUUCCCCUUCAUGUGGCGGCCCGUGCUGGUCAUCUAGUUGUUGUUAAGGUUCUUGUUGCGACUAUAACAUUUGUGACAGCUAGAAUGUCUGAUGAAGAGAGGGAAGGCCUGAAUCCAUAUGUUCGCAAGGACGUAAAUGGAGAUACUCCUCUGCACUUGGCCUUGAGAGACAACAAUGUGAAGACAGCUACUUUUCUGGUGAACACAGACCAACGGGCUUCAUUUCUUGCGAAUAAAGAUGGAAUAUCUCCCUUGUAUAUGGCUUUAGAAGCUGGAAAGGUAUCACUUGUGAAAGCAAUGUUGAAAACUACAAAAAAAUGAUGGACUUGAAGGAAGGGAUUCUAAC